CCCAACUUCAGCUGCCACGGCUCCUGCCUACCAGAGAGAGAGCACUCAAUCUCCCCUCUAUCUACCUUUCCCAGCCUCUGCCCCUUCCGACCUGGGCUGCAGGAUUAGGAAUCCUACAACGAUCCAAUUGCUUUGGGUCAGGAGAGAGAAGGGAAGCGGGGCAUCGGGGCAGAAACCCCAGGUCACUUGCAAAAGGCCAUCAACCUUUCCGGUGCACCUACCUUUUUGUUGUGCCUGUUUGGGAAGUAAGCCUUAAUGAUGUUUUGCUGGAAGGGCUUUUGAGUUCGACUCUUAGGCUCCUUUUUCCACCCCUCCUGCCCCUAGACUUGCUUGGUUCUCUACUUCAUUUCUGGGAAGCCAUGGACAAAAGGCAAGGAAAAAUCAAGAACAGGAAGGAUUUAAAAAUAUCAUGUGUCUCCAACAAGCCACCCGUCUCCAACCCAACGCCUCCCAGGAACCUGGACUCUAGGACCUUCAUUACAAUUGGUGACAAGAACUUUGAAGUGGCAGCUGAUGAUUUAGUAUCGAUUUCAGAGCUGGGUCGGGGUGCCUACGGGGUAGUGGAGAAAGUUCGACAUGCCCAGAGUGGAACCAUCAUGGCUGUCAAGAGGAUCCGAGCGACCGUGAACACUCAGGAGCAGAAGAGGCUUCUCAUGGAUCUGGAUAUCUCCAUGAGGACUGUAGACUGCUUCUAUACUGUCACCUUCUAUGGAGCCCUUUUCAGAGAGGGUGAUGUGUGGAUCUGUAUGGAACUGAUGGACACCUCCUUGGACAAAUUUUACAAAAAGGUUCUGGAGAAGGAGAUGACCAUACCGGAGGAUAUUCUAGGUGAAAUAGCAGUGUCUAUUGUUCGAGCCUUGGAGCACUUACAUAGUAAACUGUCUGUGAUUCACAGAGAUGUCAAACCAUCCAAUGUUCUUAUCAACAAGGAAGGCCACGUAAAAAUGUGUGACUUUGGGAUCAGUGGCUACUUGGUGGACUCAGUGGCCAAGACUAUGGAUGCCGGUUGCAAACCCUAUAUGGCGCCGGAGAGAAUCAACCCGGAGUUGAACCAAAAAGGUUACAAUGUCAAGUCAGACGUCUGGAGUCUGGGAAUCACUAUGAUUGAGAUGGCCAUCCUCCGGUUUCCAUAUGAGUCCUGGGGGACCCCAUUCCAGCAGCUGAAACAGGUGGUGGAAGAGCCAUCUCCCCAGCUCCCUGCUGACCGAUUCUCUGCUGAGUUUGUGGACUUCACAGCUCAAUGCUUGAGGAAGAAUCCUGCAGAGCGAAUGAGCUACCUGCAGCUAAUGGAGCAUCCUUUCUUUACUUUGCACAAAACCAAAGAGACAGACAUCGCUGCCUUUGUGAAGGAGAUCCUGGGUGAGGACUCAUAAGGAAAGGACAUUACUGCCCUAUGGAGCACCCUCUUCCCCUCUCCCUGGAAAACAGAAAUGAGGAAUGGCGUUCUCGGUGGUUUGCACAGAUCACUUAGUCCCCAGUCCAGUCCACCUCCAACCUGGAGCACGGCGUUAGUGUAUUCUUGUGUCAUCCUGUGUAUCUUUGAGCUAAAAGAGCUACCUAGCCAGCACCAUGGAAAUCCAAGGCCAAGGACAUGUCGUGUUUGGUCACUGCUCCCACAGAAGCCCACGUGGCAUUGGGCAUGUGGACUUUCUCCACUGGCGAGACUCUCAUCACCGUGACUCCUGGCAUCUGAGAAACCAGUCCUUUGUUUAGCCCGGAACUGAGGCCAGAGGAGUUAAGAUGUUGGGAUUGAGGGUGGUUCUGAAGGAGGGAGGGUAGAUCCUUUAGUUCUUGCAAUGUGCCAUUUGUCCCAAGUGCCAAGAAAACUGACCUAGUAAGCAGAGCUGCCCAAUGCUUUGAGUAGAGUGAGUUUCUGGGACUACCAGCUCUGUACUUUUUUGGUUCAUUUAUUCAGUACUUCCCCCAGAUCUGUUUCUUUCUCUCAGCCUCCUGAUAACUCUAACCCAUAGGGUGUAGCAGCUUCUAUCUCUGUACCCGUGCCCUCUAUUUUUCCCUUCCCUAAAUCCACUUUCUUUAGACCCUGAUGUUCCUACCCUUGGAGGGAGGGCUUUGAGUUAUUGGGGAUGGGUGGUGAAUGGGAUGGCAUUGUCUGAGUGGCUUUUGAUGUCUGUAGUAAGGCUAUGGGAAGAAAUCUGUCCUAGCUAGUGAUGUGAAGCUUAAUACCGUGGGAGAGAGAGGGCCCCUGAUCAAUGGUGUGUCAUCCUUGAUGGCUGGUGGAUGCCAUUGUCCCUUUCCCUCUUAGUGUUGCCAACACAACACACCUAGGUCCUGAGGGUAUGGAUAUUUCACAAGGGGUAAUGGGUGUGGGAGGUGAGGAUUUGAUCCUGCCCCCCUCAUACACAAGGUGCCAGACUCUAGUGCUCCCUUCGUUGUCUUUUUCAAAGACCCUGCAAGUUCUCCCUCGUGGCUUAGUGACUUGUUCAGCUGCUCCAGGAUCCACUCCCAAACCAUCUCUUCCUUACCAGCCUUGGGGAUCAGAUCAGGUCCUUUUUUUUUUUUUGUCCUUCUGACAAUCCAAGAGUGUUAUGAGCCUAUGUAAACAGUAAAUUGUAUAGGGUAGGUAGAACAUAGGUUGUAUUAUAUUUUUUAUAUCUAUAUAUAAUGAACUUUUAAAACUGUUUCCUUGUUUUCAUCUGAUGACAGAUAUAGUCCUCCCUCCUGGGAGGAUGGGCUCUGGGGUCAUGCCUGAUUACUGUGAAUAUCAGAGGGUUGGACCCAUCCCCUUUCCUGGGCCCUCCUGCCUGGGAAACUCUUUCUCUCCUUCCUUCAAUCUCUUAGAAACCCUAGUUUCCUUCAAGGGUUAGUUCAAGGACAGCCUUCUACCUGAAACCUUUCCUCAUUUCCCUGCUGAGAACUUCCCUUGGGGGUAAGAAAGAGCAGGAGGAGGUGUCUGCUCCAGGGGACUGUCUGUCCAGCCAGAAUUGUUGCAGGUUGCCUACGAUUUUCAGGGGGCGUGGGGGGUGGAAAUAAACUUUAGGACCAGUGAUUUUCUUUGAGGAAAUGUCUAGCUGUCUUUGAAGCUGCUGGGGUGGAGAUGGGGAGAGGUAUAAUAGGGAUGCUGUAAAGUUGGCUUGAACACUUGGUCAAGAAGCUGAUGUAUGUGUUAGUUGAAAAGAUUUGGAUGGGUACCUCAGGGUGGGGGUGGGACAUCCUAGAUUCUUUGGGUCUGUCACUCUUUAGACCUGCUUCCCAACAAAUUGGCUCAAUUCCAACAAGUCUUGCCACAAGCCUCUCCUUCCCUUUCCUCUCCCCCCUUCCCCAUUUAAACUGAAGCCCUUUGCCCUCUGUUCAAGGAUGGGGGUCACCUUGUCUCUAAGGAUUGUAUAAUCCAGAGGGUUUUUAAAUGACUCAUUGGAAAAAAUGUUCAGUCGUUGCAGCUGUGGGAACUUCACCAUCUGAGCUGGGCAGUCAAGUUUGAAUGUUUCCAGUGGUCCUGGGAAUGGAACAGAGGCUCUUUUUUUUUUUUUGGUCUCCAUAUUCUUCCCUCCUUCCCCUUUUCCCCCAAGAAGAAAGAGUAAAUGUGCAAACCAUCCUAACUCUUUGAAAUAUGUGUGGGUAUACUGCUAAUAGCUGCCUACACUAGGGAGUGAAGUCUGGCCGUAAACUUUAUUAACUUGCCUGGUUGUUUUGAGUUUUAAUUUUUUUUUUUAAUUUAUCUUGAGUUUUGUUUUUCUCUUGCUUUGAGGGUUUGGCUAUUUUUUCUUGCAUGUAUUAGAUGCUUUCCACUCCUCACCAGGGAGUGUAGCACACCCACUUAUAAGGCUUUGCCCUAUUGCAGUGUCUGGCUGGCUGUUGGUAAUGAUGGGGGUAGAUGGGGACAUCACUGAGCUCCCAAGGCCUCUGUUCAAAGAGGAGGUUGGGGCUGGAGUGAGUGGCAGGUGAGUUCCUACCCAUUAACACACAGCUUCUGCCCUGUUGAUGCUGGUGGGAGAGGUGCCUUUGACUUCCAAGGCAUGUGUUCUCCCACUGUGGAUGAUUUGUUUCAUGGAUUAUUAAAAAAAAAAAAACCAUUUUUUUAAAGAAAAAAAUUGAGGGGGAAAAAAGUUAAAAAAAAAAA